GUGGUGCAAUCUGGUCCUUGUGUUCGAUACCCGUUUACUACUUCUGACUUGUGCACUUGCAGAAUCAGGGAUGGGAAAGGGGAAGACCUGAUCCCGCGAUCACUUUCGCCCUUCCUUGGUGAUGGGGAUCGUCGCGGCGAGGUAGAUUGGCUCCUUGGAGGGACGGAUUUGUCCCUGUCUUCAGUGGGUAGCGACUUGUCUAUCGUUGGUGGCGGUAGAUCGUCGCUUAAGUGUCCUUCUGAGCGGGAUGGGCUCCCGGUAGGGGUGUUCUCUUUCGAGUUCACCAUGAUUGCGUUUUCGCAAAAAUCUAGAUACCUUCGAGAUGAAUAG